AUGGUUUCUUACAAGGUCUUCCGCGGCACCCCAGAGGGCAAGAUCGUCUCCGCCGAAAUCGAGCGCGAGCUCGAGAACCACGAGGUCUUCAUCGAGACAACACACUCUGGCGUCUGCGGCACCGACAAGCUGUACGCGACCAGCGGUGUUGUUCUGGGCCACGAGGGUGUUGGUAUCAUCAAGGCUGUUGGAUCAGGUGUCAAGAACGUCAAAGUUGGCGAUAGAGUUGGAUUCGGAUAUACGCACCAGAUCUGCGGCCACUGCGAUAACUGCUGUACCGAUCGUGAUCAGUACUGCCGUGAGAGACAGAUUUACGGUUUCUCUGACUUUACCAACGGUUCUUUCUCUUACGGUGCUGUUUGGGAUUCCAAGACUGUUUGUCAGAUUCCUGAUGGAUAUGAUUCCGCCAACGCUGCUCCUCUGCUCUGCGCUGGAUCUACUGUCUGGACAUGCCUCAACAAGUACGGUCUCCAGUCCCACGAGUCAGUAGGCAUCAUCGGAAUCGGUGGUCUGGGCCAUCUUGCCAUCAAGUUGGCUGCCGCCAUGGGCAACCACGUCGUUGUCUUCUCCAGCUCCGAGAACAAGCGCCAAGAGGCCAUGGAGUACGGUGCUUCAGAGUUCCACGUUUACAAGUCCGGCGACAAGGCUCCCGAGGGUCUCAAGCCCGUCAAGCACCUCCUCCUCUGCGGUAGCGCCAACAUCGACUACAGCGGUCUUGCCUCUAUCGUUGACUACGACGGUACCAUCUACCCUCUCACCGCCGCUCUGGAGUCCACUCCCGUUCCCCUGACCGAGCUUUCCAUCAAGGGUAUCCGUAUCCAGGGAUCUCUGGUCGGUUCCCGCGACAGCGUCCGUAAGCUCCUCGAGUUUGCUGCUCGCAAGAACAUUACUCCUACCAUCAUGACAUACUCUCUCAACGAAGAUGGUAUUGAGAAGGCUCUGCAUGAUCUUAAGGACGGUAAGGUCCGAUACAGGGCUGUUCUUAUUAAGGAGUAA